CAGGAUGACUUGUACCAAUCAGGCACUCUUUCUUUACCUGCGGUCCGAGAGUGGUUGUCCGAAAUAACGGUAGCUGAACAUUUGUGGUCCGCUAUCACCAGUGUUAUUGCGCCAGAUCAAUAUCAGGCCGGCGUGGAAUCAGUUGCUAAUAUGAAGGAUAUGGUUUGCACUUCAGAUCACAUUGUCUGGCCCUCAGAGUUUUCUGGAUUGGAAGUUAUCGUCAAUCGAGAGACCCCAAGUCAUCGAGAC